AUGGGUAAAUUUAAUAUACAAUUAAUAUUGGUAUUAUUACUUCUUGUUGUUGUCAGUUGUUGUUUUGCUGUUAAAAAAGAUGUGAAACCUGCUAAUUUGGUACCGAAUAAGGCGUCAAAGAUUAGAUAUGUUCAAACUCAUGUCAUUCCAGCAGAGGGUCUGUCUUGGUCACUCCCAAAGAAGAACUCAUCGUUGCAUUUGGUUGGUAUCAGAGACACUAUGAUUUUGGUUGAUUUCGAAGGAAACGUUAAUGAUAGUGCACCAGAGAUAGCGGUGUACGAAGGUCACUGUGUUAAUCCAUCGAUCAUUCUCACUUUGAAUACACCCGAUAAGUUGCCACCAACUGAAUCGAAUGGAACUGCCUACUCCAAGACUUCCUACUCUGUCACCAUUCCUGCGAAAUACGUCAAGCCAAAUAUGACGGUGGUAGUCAGCUCCGACCAAUCCUCGGGCACCUCCAAGCCAAACGUCGGACAAGAUUCAACGAUGCGUCUUCAAAUCCUGCCAUUCUACAUGUACGGUGCAAACUCUAGCAACUCGCAGCCAUUCGAUAAGAUCAAACUUCCACCCUCCAAUACAAUUCACGAAAUCUACCAGACUUGGCCAGUAUCCAAUUUGGAUGUCGCCACUCAUCCAAUUGGUAAGCUUGAUCUACCAUUUGUAAUCAUCAAAGCGUCGGAUGGUGGACAAACCUAUCGUGUUAGCAACACCAACGAUAUGAGAUCGGGUUACGUAGUGAUGAAUCUCAUACUUGAAAUGUUGAACGGUAUUAAGUCGACCAACGGUGAGAGUCGUACAAACAAUAUGGUUUACACACCGAUUCUCGCUUUGAAUAAAUUCGGUAAUUCCGUUGGUCCAGGUGGUGGUCUUGGUAGCAUCGGUGGUUUCAGAGGUACCGGUGACGCUUCCUACACUGGAAUAUUCAUCCACGAAGCUGGACACUCAUGGGGAUUGCCUCACAGUGGUGAAGCAUACGCCGAUCAGAGAUAUCCAUAUGUAAAUGGUAGUUUACUUGGUAGCCAAUGGGGAUUCAAUUUCUUUUACAAUGAAUUCCUAUCGAUCUAUGUUCCAACCACUGCCGAAUACUACAAGAAUUGCAACCGUUCGCAUGUCAUGGACAAUGGUAAAUGUGUCAAACAGGAUUCAAUGCAAGGUGGUGCCGGUGACCAAUCGAGAGGUAUGAGCUUCACCAUGUUCCCAGACUUUGACUUGGGUAUUAUGCAACAGAACAUGGAGGGAACCACCACAUCAAACAACGGUACUCAUUCGAUUAGCGGUGGUUUGCUUCACUACGAUCCAACAACCAAUAUGUAUCAGCAAUGGGAUCAAAUCGAUAGGAAAUACGUAAACUUCACUGUCAAGAACGAAUCUAAAGGAUUGUAUGGAUUCGAUAGUGGUCUUCCAAUGCUGAGAGACAUCGAGGUGUGCACCGUAAUGAUCCACUACAAUGCCGCUGCCGGCAAUUCCACUUCCACCUGCAAGAAUAACUGUACUGUCAUCUAUCCAAUCUCUCAGGCCAAAGGUAAUCUUAUGCGUUACAUCGAUCCAAGAGACAUCAAACAAAUUCAAACGGUCACACCAAACACCGGUGCUAUUCCAUGGUACUGUCAUGGUUCUGGAUGCGACUUCACCAUUAGAGCAACCUACAAAGAUGGUACACAAUUCGUAAAGAUGAUUCCAAGAGGUUUGAGAAAGUAUUGGGAUCCACUUGGUCAAGUCUCACCAAGCACUUCUGAUCCAAACAGCGGCGACAGUUUGAUUCUCUUUGUCGAAAAUAUCCCAGCAGACAAAGCACUUUCAAAAAUAGAAUUACUCUUAACACCCUAUGCAUUCAAGACAACUCUUCAAAGCAAUGCGACUGUUUUAGUUUCUCAAAACUAUUAA